AUGGCAGGCCUCAAGACCAUCAUCGUCCUCUCCUUCAUCCUAGCAAUCGGCUUCCUCCUCGUCAUCCUCUCCUCCGCGCUCUUCAAAAACUACCUCACGCUCCUCGUCGUCGCAACCUACGUAAUCGCACCCGUGCCCAACUGGCUCUGCGGCAAGGCGCAAUCGCAAGAUGAUUUCAUGGAUAGUGGGAGCAGCAGCAUUGUGGAGUUGGGAAGGUUCAUGACGGGAUUCUUGGUGGUUAUGGGAAUUGCUCUCCCAGUCGUCCUCGCCCACUGCGAUCAAAUCACCAUCCCAGCCAUGGCAAUGAGUAUCAUCGGAGGCCUUCUCAUCUACGGCACAAUCAUCAGCUUUACCAUGUUUUUUCGCGAGCAGGAGGAGUUCUGA